AUGAAUAAAAUCCCAAUAAACAAAUUAUUAAAUCCCUCUCAACAUUAUAAUCUAACAGAAAAACUACAACAAAUAAAUAUAACACUAUCUAAUUUAUGCACUAAACUACCAGAUACCAUUACUGAUUUAACAGAAGCUGACCAUAGAGAAUUACAGGAUAUACUAUUAUAUUUGACUACCGUAGUAAAACAACAAGAAUUAAAGAAAGAAGAAAUAAUGUUAGUAAAAACAACUUAUCAAUUAUGUACAACAUUAACAUUAAUGGUAAAAAGUUGUAAACAAGAAAAUGAUAAAGAGAAUAAAGAAAAUGAAAUUAUCAAAUACGAGUCUGGCACCAGUGAUAAUUCUGAAACUAAUUCAAGCUGUAACUCAUCUGACAAUGAAGAUAAAAACAGUAUACUUGUAUUUAAUGUAAUAACACAAGAUAUGAUGAAUAAUAAUAAGAAGAAUAACAAAUCCUAUAGAGGUCAUAGACUACCUAAAAAAAAUGUGCAAUACUUAGAAGAUUGGUAUAUGGAUCACAGAAAAAACCCAUAUCUAAAUGAAAUUAAUAUUAAAUUACUAAUGAGUAAGACAUCUCUAUCAAGAAUACAGGUUAAAAAUUGGAUCUCAAAUAGAAGAAGAAAAGAGAAAUCUAUAACGAUAUCACCAGAGGUGUCAGCAUUACUACGUGAUAAUAAGACAAUUACUUCUUAA